CGUCCGGUCGACACCAACUCUCGGCGGCCGCUGCUGAAAACGUCCGACUCGACCGACUCCGAAACGAGACAAGAUGGCACCGACCACGGCGCCCCCGACCGCUGCCAAGAGGCCAACCACCAUAACCGCCCCCAAGAGCAAACUGGUUCGCCAGGGUCAAGAGCGACCCUGCGCAGAAGUCACGCUGCUCAUCCGAAAACUCGCUCAGCUGGGUCGCGAGAGGAACGCCUGCGAAAUGCGCCUCAUCGCCCUCCUCUCGCUCAAGACUUGUUGUAGGCAUGGUCCGCUAGCCGUCGCUCUGGAUUUAGAAAGAGAGACUCUGGGACAGCGGCUCCGAAUGAAGAGCUCGUUGUGUGACGACCUCGAGAACCAGCUCGUGCAGGUUCUUGAGAAGAACACGGAGCUAGCAAUCCAGAACACGGACCUGCAGAAGCAAGUGCAGAAGCUGCAGUUUCAUGGCGAGCAGAAGACUGCGACCGCCAACCCCCUUAACCUCAACACUUCCAGUAUGUCCGAGUCGGAUAGACUUGACAACAUUCUUAGGCAAAUGCGCGAGGCCGCCGAAAGAAGGAAAGAUUUGGAACGGGAACACGCCGACACGCUUGCACAACUGCGCGAUAAACAGGCGGAGGUACAAAGACAACAACUACCUGUGAGACAAAUGACGGCCGAGCCGGCGGCAGGCACUUCCAAAAAGGGAUAUGAGACUGUUGAGGCACUUCAGUCAAAAAUUCGGGAGCUGGAGAAGAAAGCGGAGCUGCAGAACGUGCGGCACGAGGAACUGCUGCUGGAGAUGGCCGCGAUCAAGCGCACAAACCAACACGGCGCGGCGGCGCCGCCGUCGGCGCCGCUGACGCCCACGUCGCCAUGGAAAGGCGCUUUGAAGGGCGGGUGCGACCUGUCGCCGUCCGAGUCGGCGUCCAGCGUCGGUGAGUUCAAGCGGGCGGAACUGGCGGCCCUGUUCCAGCACAAUGGCGGAAGCACCCCCAGUAGCACCACCACCACCCACCACCACCCUACCCUCAACAGCACGGCGCUGCAAGCAGCAGCUCUGUUCCAAGCGGCUGAGGCUUCAGCAAGACUGCAUGACGAGUCGCAUUGCUUUGCCUACCACUCAGCAUGCCUCAGGCCACUUAGCAGUAAGCAUCAUCAAUCCCCAUUUGCAGCCCCCGCGGUCGCGCCAGCCGCCGCCGCGGUGCCCACGCGGCCCCCGCAGCAGCACGACACCGAAAUUGACCGCAUUAUGGCUAAAAUAGAGCAGGAUAACCGUAUUUUGGCCGAGCUAGAUAAGUCUAGGUCCACGGUCCAGCAGCAGCAGCAGCAGCAAACUUCAGCCGGCGAUAUGGCGUACAUGAUGAUGGAGCCACCCCCGCGGAGGCACGCGCUGCUGCCUCCGACGCCGUCCAGAAGGAGGCGGCACCACUCGAGGGUGCCCAGGGUGACCUUCGCGAACGGAGCUGAGUCUGCGGCGUGCAGGGCGGCUCCCUACCCUUCGGGCGUGAACACGGUCGAGUACCAGACGGCGCCGACGUUAGGAGCGCAGAUGAUGAUCCUGAACCCCCAGACUGGCACCCUGAUGUCCCAAACACCCCUCACAGCCGCACAAAGCCACCUCCUGACGGGCAACCACGCCUCGGGGCUGCUGCCCCAAGCGCAGGGCCUCAUGGGCCAACCUGGCUCGGCCGGUCUGUUGCCCAACGCGACGCAGGGCCUCUUGGGACAAACGCAGGGGCUCCUCGGCGCCCAGCUCGGGGGUCCUGCGUCGACGCCGCUCUCCAUCUCCAGAAUUAUGCCCAAAGUGCCGGCGAUGGCCACCCUGCCACCCAUCUUUAGCACACCACAAUUCGCCAUUGACAGUUCGGGGUUAAUGAAUGGCAGCAUUUUGGGUCCAGCAGGAAUGCUGACUGACCAAAUGAUGGACAACAAAAUGCUGGACAUGCUGGACAUUCCAGGCAAAGGGCGCUGUUACGUUUUCAUGGCCAAAUACUCGUACGACCCGUUCACGCAGUCGCCGAACGAGCACCCCGAGGGCGAGUUGUUUGUGAACGCGGGCGACUACCUGCUGGUGUGGGGCAACAUGGACGAGGACGGCUUCUUCGACGGCGAGACGCUGGACGGGCGGCGCGGCCUGGUGCCGUCCAACUUUGUGCACCGACUGAUCGGCGACGAGCUGCUCGAGUUCCACCAGAUGGCCGUGCUGGGGUUGGCGGGCGGGCCCGAGGAGCCGCACUCGACCUCCAUCCCGCACGGCAUCGAGAGCGCCGAGUUCGACGCCGUCGAAGAUAUGCAACCGUUUAGGCAGGCGAGUCCGGCGGGUAGCUUGCGCGCCAAAAUCCCCGACCGAAUGAAAAGCGCGUUCGAUUUAGCCCGGCGGGCGCUCUCGGGCUCGCACGGCGACCUGCCCCUCAUCACCGUGCAGGCGCCGUCGCCAGACCACGUCCCCUCGCCGGCACCACCCGACCCUUCAGACGGGACGUACGUAAAGAGACUUGGACCCGAGUACAGUUACCUGGAGCUGCAGGACAUCAUGGAGGACGAAGAGGAAAUGCCUAUGGGCGAGGGUCCAGACGCGCUUUUCUUCUCGGUGCUAGUGCCUCCCCCGAAACAACUCACGCUCGAGAGGCAGCUCAACAAGUCCAUCCUGAUUGGCUGGAACGCGCCGGACUGUCCGCCAGGCACCAUCGACUGCUACCACGUCUACGUCAACGGGGUGCUCAAGACCACGGUCAAGGCUUCCGAGAGGACCAGGGCCCUAGUAGAGGGCGUUGAUUCAAAUAGGCCGCAUCGCAUAAGUGUGAGGUCGGUGACCCCCAACCGGCGCACGUCUCGCGACGCCGCCUGCACAAUGGUGGUCGGCAAGGACGUGCCCUUGGGUCCGACCACCGUCAGGGCGUCCAACGUGACCAGCAGUUCGGCGGUCAUUUCGUGGCUGCCGAGCAACUCCAACUGCCAACACUCGGUCUGCGUCAACAACGUCGAAGUGCGCACCCUGAAGCCCGGCGUUUACAGGCACACAAUCACAGGACUGGCCCCAAACACAACGUACAGAGUUACGGUGCGGGCAAAGGCGAUCAGGGCGCCGUACUUUGACGAAAAAACCUCCAAUCAGCGGGACGAAAGACUGGCGUGCCACAUCGACUUUAGGACUCUUCCAAAAGCCCAGCCCAUAGCGCUAACCAAAAACUCUGUGUUGCAUGCGGCGACUAAAGGCACCAAAGGUCUUCCCGACCCCCCUGUUGAUGUCCAAGUGGAAAACGGACCACAGGACGGCACAAUGCUAGUCACCUGGAUGCCUGUGGCGGGUUCCGGGGCGCCAGUGACCGGGUACGCCGUUUACGCUGACGGCAAAAAGGUCACGGAUAUAGACAGUCCAACAGGUGACCACGCUUUAAUAGACAUAGCAAAGCUGGUGGGACUGAACCCGCGACAAGUGACGGUGCGCACCAAGUCAAGAGACGCGCAGUCGAGUGAUAGUUGUCCUACCUCAAUUCCACCCCACGUGAUGCGAGGGCAGGCAAGAGGACACCAAAAAGAUAACAUGGGCAUGAGAGCACAACCUGAAAAGUACGGUCGGUACAACCCCCACUCGGCGAUGCCCGCCCACAUGGUCAGAGGGCGAGGGGGCAGACAGCAGAUCAUUAUGGACACCGAGGAGAACUUGAGUGACAAAGAAGUGUACCCGCCUUCGCACAUGAACAUUCCAAGCAUAGAUUUCGCUUCAUCCCCCGUUUCCCUAUCAUUUUCCCCCGCAGAAAUCACCAAGGACACAAACAGUGAAAACUUCAGCGAGGACGACUUCGAGCGUCGCCGCAACUACGGCCCCCGGUCGCACAUGGAGCGCGGCCGGCCGCCCCCGCCGCCCCACAUGAGCCACCAGCAGCGCCACCAGGACGACCGCGACUACUACGGCGAGGGCCGAGGGCGCGACCCGCGGCUCUACCGCGGCGGCCCCGGCCACGACUACCGCGGCCGCGGCGCAGGGCCGCCCCUGCAGGGGGCGCGCAGGGUGCGCUGGUUCGUCGCCCUCUUCGACUACGACCCCACCACCAUGUCGCCCAACCCUGACGCGUGCGAGGAGGAGUUGCCCUUCAACGAGGGCGACCCCAUCAAAAUCUACGGCGAAAAGGACGCGGACGGCUUUUACUGGGGCGAGUGCAGAGGCCGAAGGGGCUACGUGCCCUACAACAUGGUCAUGGAGACCAACGACUAUAAGGGAGAGGGUGGCGCAGGAGGCGGCGGUGGUCCUGUAAGUCACAGAGGCAGAGCGGACAGGUGGGGUGACAUCUACGCCAACAUGCCAGUGAAAAAGAUGGUUGCCCUCUACGACUAUGACCCUCAGGAGCUGUCACCGAAUGUUGACGCUGAGGUUGAGCUUUCGUUCAAAACGGGUGAUGUGAUCUACGUUUACGGGGAGAUGGACGACGACGGCUUCUUCAUGGGUGAGCUUGACGGCUUGCGAGGGCUCGUGCCUUCCAACUUCCUCGCAGAGUCCACCGACCUGGACCACAGGCAGGGUAGGGGGCCUGGCCCUGGGGCCAGAGGGCCCCCGCCUCCGCCUAGAGGGCCCGCCGACCGUCGAAGAGCCGAGGGGCCGCGUAGAGGACAGGACCCUCGAAUGAGAGGCGGCGUGUCACCUCGGAGAGGUGGUAAUAUGCGCGACAUGGAGCCGAUGGCGACGACACCCCCGCAGGCGACGCCGACGACGACGGCGCCGCCGACUGCCGCGCCCAAGAAGGGGCUGCCCUCGGUGGUGCCCGACUUUGUGAUCCCGACCAAGGAGUCGCCGACGACGGCGACGGCGGCGCCAAAGUUCCCCGAGGCGCCCAACUUCAUGCAGAAGUUCACCGAGAUCACCGGCGGCGCCGCCGCCGAGGGCGAGAACCUCAUUUCCAAGGGCAAGGAACUCAUUUUCAAGAAGUUUGGCCUGGGCAACUGAGACGAUGCAUAUCAUCAUCACGACACAAGGCGCAUUUAGGCCCGAAUCCUGCCACUGGCUACUCCCGCUGAUAUGUAAAAAGGAAAAAUACUUGCGUGUGUGAACCUGGGCUGUUUGUUUGAUUGUUUGUUGAACCGCGCACAAAAAAGACUUGUAGAUCGAGUUGUUGUUGUUCUUGUUGAGUGCGAUGAGGCCAAACUGAGAGACGAUUAUUUCAACAAAAAAUAACACGCUGUCUUUCCUGAUGAAAACUCUUGUAAAAAUUAAACUAAACUAUUCAAAACUAGUACGUGAGAGAUGCUGUUGUCUGCGCCGACGGCGCCACUUCCAGGCCAGAAAUAUGAUUGCACUUUUCUACCUAUAUCAAUUAAAUAAUAUAACCAGUAACGAAAAAUCGUGUUGCUCAGACAGAUUAUAAAAUUAUAGUAUACGACUGGGCGAGCACCUUUUGGGGUUGGACUUUCUUUCCACUUGUAUAUCGAGAUUGAGGAUUGCUGUCACUGCCUUUUAAUUAAUUUUCCUCUGACUGAUGGUUAGUCCGAAACUAGAUGCUAUUUAAAACAACACGACACGUACGCGAUUGAUUGAUGAUAAUCCAAAACGAUUGAUUUUCAAAGUUGUACCUGGUGCUGAUCAUUUUCAGGAAGAGUGUUUAAAUUCCAAUUUAAAUUAAUUAAAGUUAAUUUCAUUAAUUUAAGGUGCAUCUUGCCAAAUAUUGUGUGGGUAUCAUAAAAGUUUGAAAGUUUCUAUUUCCAAUCAAAAUAACUAUCAUUGUCGAAAAGUAGAAGUUAUACACGCAAUAUUGGAUAUUUACAGUUUGAGUAUGAGUGCGAAUGACAUAAUUAAAAUUUAUAUAAUACGGACCACACGUUUCACAAACAAAUUCAAUCGUCCUGGAAGUGGUGCUCGGCCAAAUUCUCUUUGAUAAGAAAUUUAUUAUGGAUGAUUUAUAAUAACAAUUGUUAACGAGAGAAACAAAAACUUACAAAUCAUCAUGCAAAUUACGAUAUAUCACAAAAACUCACUCACACACCUGUCUACUACGGCGGAGAGAGAACUGAGCUCUUCGCGAAAUGUAAAGAGAGAGAAAAAAAUGAGUAAUACCGCGCGUGCUGCAUCGAUAGCCAAACUAUGUAACGUACUUCACGGCAUUAUUGGAAACACACACAAAAAAUACACACACAAUUAUCGCUAAAGUCUCUCAAUUAACUGCGUACUACUGUAAGGUCAGCCAUGGUGACUGAUUGAUAUUCUAUUCAAGGGAACAAUAAUGAUUGUAAUUUACCAAGAAGAUUUGCAUGCCCUCGGCCUUAAGACAUACACAUUAUUAAACGAGAAAUUAUAUGAUUGAGAAAAAAAGAAAGAAAGCACUCUCCUUAUAAACUCUCUUUCACAAAUAAAUCACCGUGAUCGAUUGGACAAAAAUCGACGAUAACCGCCCCCCACGCCCCCCUUUGAAGAGAAGUGUAACGAUUUGAUUCAAAAUAAUAUACUUCGUAAAUGUAUCCACAGCGGAAAUCAAUAGGCAGCUAUCUUUACCCAAAACUGUACUCGACGACGAAAAUUCGCCAAACCUCUUGUAAGCUCCUAGGACGGAGCAAUCGAGUUGCCCCUCUUGCGUUCUUGCGGACAUCUCCAGCACAAAUCUAGACGUGGUCUUUCAUGAGUGUUAAAAUACUAAACUUUAGCUCUCCUCGAAAACUGCUGAAGCAAAAUUUGGCGGCCGAAUUUUGGGGAAAAAACUAAUAAGGCUUCCGGCCUCUUUCACUUUCUCACUUUCUCACAUGAAAACGCAACAUGUGGUAAUAAAGUCUUGCUAUCAAAACGAAUGUUGUACUCUUCAUCUAAAUCUAUAUAUGAUCAUCUUUCGUCUCAGGGUUUGACAAAAGAAUUUGGUUUGAAAUGGCCAUUGGAAAUCAAUCAGCAAUUUUCUUUUGAUUUGGAAAGCAGAUAAAAAAGCAGUCGAAUAAUUGAUUGCAACAUAUCGAUUUAUUGCUAGAUCUGAUUUUAUCUGUGAUUUUCCCAUGAUUUCAAUUAUGAAGAGAAUUCAAAGCUUUAACCGUCUCCUCAGUUAAAUCCCAAAAAUUGACGAAAAUUUUCCAAUGGACCUGAAAUCCUGAGUUGUUUUUUGUUUCGGCCGCGCCUUGAAAAAAUCAAGGGCAAAAAUCUGCUUUCAAAAUUCCGGAAACUGAAGGCGCGGUCCUUCUUUAAUAAAAAAGAAACUGAAAUGCCGAAUGUUUGUCACGACGAACUGCAAUUUAUUGUAUUAUCGAUCGAUUGAUUAAUAUAAUUUAAUGAUACAAAUUCUGAGUUUUCCAUCAAGUAUUUUAAGCGACUGUGCCUUUGAAUUGCAACACAUACACACACUCGAAAAGUAAAAAAAAAAAAAUACAAUUGUGUACUCGUGUCAUAUGAGCCCCGUGUUGUACCCCUUUUUCUAUAAUGUUCAACAAAAGUAAAAUUAUUAAUACUAUAUGACGAAAAAAAUGCAUGCAUGCUCUUCAUAUCUGCCAGCAUGAAAAAAGGGCCGCAGAGUACUGCCGAGAAGAACCCGACGACCGAAGUAAACGAAAAAUUCCCCCACUUGUAGAGCAUUAAAAAAAAUUAUUAACUAUAUCACCAGCCCGUCUGCAUUUAAACGAAUUGAAAAAUUAAAAGACGGGACCCAAGAGAUGAAAUUGCGCAAAGAGUUGUAUAAUUGUAUCUCAUGACAA